GGCGAAGCGGGGACCUUGUGAAUGCGGAGCGUUUUCUCCUGCCCCAAAAAUACAUUCCACUUCAAAAGAAGAUGUAGCCAUUUUUUGUCUCGGGAUUUCAGACCCUUGGUGGCGGUGCAUGGACUUCCUCUACCAGGACCGGCAGGACGCGCAGUGCUGUGCUCACACGCAGGGCACUAAGGGUGGGCAGGAGCGCGGAAGCAAAGAUUGGGCAGGUCGGAACAACCCGCGCGAGAGGGGUGAAAGUGAAACUGACUUCGGCUUGACUCCUAUAUACCGACGCCCUUCUUGUUGUCUUAUUCUGCCGUCAGGUCUCGACAACAGCAAAACUCGGCUCAGAUCAACCCAGCGGCAAGGCGUAGAAGUGGAAUCGCUUCCAAACCCGCGGGUUUCGUUCACUUUGGCCGGAUUAGACUUUCCCUCAUGGCUAACAUGGCUAACAUACGGGGUACAAAAAUAUGGACUUGUACGGAAUAUCGUCCUCAGUUUUAUAGACAAAUGGGUGGUCUUUGUGACGAAAUAUCCCCAGCGAUGGUUAGGCUUACUCCGUUCUCCAUACGUACCUAUUCUUUGUUAUCUCCGAUGUUCCCGACGCCAGGGCGGUUGGCGUGAGGUGAUUGGCUGGUUGGUUCAACCUGCAGAACUGCAAGGAUCCGAAUCCCGCGGGUGCUUACAACAGUCCGUGAGCGGAUCCCGCGGCAUCCUUUGCCAAAGCCCACGCAAUAUGUCGUCCCCGCGCCGUUGACCGCACUAAGAGCAAAAGCGAACGUCAAUACGCUGCCAGCGGGAUUCCAAACCCGCCCUCCUGUUGCGACUGCCGGGCUCGAUUUUUUUUACGUGGGACCGGGACCUGACCGGGUCUACCAGAAACCCACCGCGGCCGAUCUUUGGCCUUCUGUAUUCGGCAUGGCGCCCGCCGACUCUCAGUUCCCGCAAGUUCUGCCCGCCUCGCAGGCGUUUGACUCGGUCAGCCCAGCACCCUACGGCCGGGCAUGUGCGGGAUGCUCGCGUGCCAAAUGCAAAUGUUUUUAUCGCACCGACGGGGCGGAAUGCGAGCGUUACCCCCCAUCUCUCGCACACUCAGCUGCCACCGACUGGGAAAGGCCUGCGAGCCGCCUGCCCCAGUCCGAAAACGCAAAGCUCGCACUCCGCCGCCGCAGCAUCCGCCGCCCGUUGG